AUUGCGUGCCCAAUCAAACAGGUUUACACGGAGGGAGUAUGAUAUUUACUUUUUUAUAAGUAAAAAUAUGGGAAACGUUUGAACAAAGUUGUAGUUAAAGAUUGUUUGAUUCCUCGAUAAUAAUCGAUUAUUCUCUUUCCUCAAUUACUUAUAGUUAAUAGGAGCUGGAUUGCACAUUGUUCAUUGAUUUGGCUAAAGAGUUCUAAAAACAUAGUGAACUUUAAGUCCAAUAAAAGAACACGAGGGGUGUAUGUAUAAAUUUUACAAACCUCAUGGGUCCAAGUAAUAUUACACGCUUUUAUAAAAAUCUCAGCUUUCUUUUCUUUAAUGCCAAAGUAUUUCUGCUGCUUAUAAUCUGCUAAAACCUUGGGAGCUUGAGACUUCCUUCUCCCUAAGCCCAGAGCUUUUCUGGUGCACCCAAUCUACCAAACUCUAGUUCAAAGUAGUGUACUGAUUUUUCUUUACUUUGAUUAAUAGCAUACUAUAAAAGCAGAACUAGUAGUAGCAGACUCUUUUAAGACUCAAGAAAGUGAGGACAACUCUGAGUUGCAAAAAUUGCGUUCUCACUGUUGCCAGCUGGUUGACAGAAAGCAAGGAGAAAGAGAUGCUCCAGAAUUUUCCAGCUGUGACAUAUACUCCAUGGCAGCCAUCUCAAAAUGAUUCCUACUUCAAGUCUUUGCUAUGUGCUUGUCCCAGCGUGGUUGUAUAUAAGAAGUCACUACAAUGGCCUUAUUUGCCUACUCUAAAGUUUGAUCGUAGAGAUCAUGCUACUGGUCCAAGAAGACAAGUAACCAUUUCUUGUACUGAUAGGAGGCAUCCCCAAGGUCGAAACUCUAAGAAACGUGAAGCUGUGCAGCAGAAUGUGGAUCUUCCCCCAGUCCUGCCCAAGAAAAAGAAGAAGCCGUAUCCCAUGCCUCUGAAGAAAAUUCAGCAGGCUGCUAGGGCUGAUAAGAAGCUGGCAGAAAUGGGAAUAGAAAAGAAGCUUGAACCCCCUAAAAAUGGAUUGCUUGUACCUGACCUAAUUCCGGUGGCUUAUGAAGUAUUAGAUGCUUGGAAACUUUUGAUUAAAGGACUUUCACAGCUUCUCCACUAUGUUCCUGUCCAUGCUUGUAGUGAAUGCUCACAAAUCCAUGUUGCUCAAAGUGGUAACGACAUUCAGGAUUGCCUUGGCCCGACCAACAGUAGUCGCAGAAGCUUCCACUCAUGGGUGAAGGGUUCAAUUAAUGAUGUGCUAAUUCCUAUCGAGUCAUACCAUAUGUAUGAUCCUUUUGGCACACGCAUUAAGCAUGAGACACGGUUCAACUAUGACAGAAUUCCGGCAGUUGUAGAACUUUGCAUCCAAGCUGGCGUGGAUCUGCCGGGAUAUCCUUCACGGAGAAGGACUAAACCCAUCAGAAUGAUGGGAAAGAAAGUGAUCGACAUAGGUGGAUUAGUUGAGGAGCCUAGACCCUCUGUAGACUCGAGUUCGGUAAUUAUAGACCUUGACACCCAUCGAUCUUUUGAACGGUUUGCUCCACCAUUGGAGUCAGAGGUGCCACGUAUUGCCCAGGAGACAAUUGAUGCAUAUGAGAAAGUGAAAUGGGGGGUGACUAGGUUGAUGAAGAAGUACACUGUCAAAGCUUGUGGAUACUGUUCAGAGGUCCAUGUGGGGCCGUGUGGUCACAAUGCUAAGCUCUGUGGCGAAUUUAAACACCAAUGGAGGGAUGGAAAACAUGGCUGGCAAGAUGCAACAGUGGAUGAGGUAUUUCCCCCAAAUUAUGUGUGGCAUGUUCGAGAUCCAAAAGGAAUCCCUUUGAGGAGUUCACUAAAGAGGUUCUAUGGGAAGGCUCCAGCUGUGGUUGAAGUUUGUAUGCAGGCUGGUGCUCAAAUACCUCACAAGUAUAAGCCUAUGAUGAGGCUAGACAUUGUGCUCCCCGAGAGUGAAGAGAGUCGCCUAGCCGUGUAAGAUUCCUAACUGUUAUACAGACCCUAAUGUAUGCACUGCUUGCUAUAUUAAGAUGUAUCUGGACCAAAAUAGAGCAGUCACGAUAUUGCUGGAUCGGUUGCAGUAUGUGUUUUGCCUUUGUUAAGUGAGGAUCAUGGCACCCAUUUCAACUUGGAAUAUCAAUGUCCACAUGAUAUGAUUCAAAAUGGUUCAAAUUUGGUAGGGCAAUGCUUUUCUUUUCUAGUUAACAAGUUUUGCAGAAGGAAAUUGGUUAUACUAAGAAAUUAGAGUACAGUGGUGCAAGUUACCAAGCAUAGCUGCAAAUCACAUUGACAGUCAACUUGAGGUUCAACUGUUAGUAAGUACAUUUAUGAGAUAGCUGUAACUAGUGAUCUGUAUUUAUGCCUUGAGGUUAGCUUGUUACAGUGUAAAAUUUCUGAAUUCAUCAAAUCAGGUCUUAAUCUUUCUACAUUAUUUGAACUUCAGAGUUCAUAAAAUCAAUAUACAAAUAUAUUUUUGCAA